AUGCAAGAGCUAUACUUAUUAGGAGUUAUACCGUCUAGACGAUCAGACAUUGUUGCUAAUUCACUCUUGAAAAUAUUCAAUGAACCAAACAUAAUUUAUGAGUACUGGAUGGUCUAUCGACCAAAAGAUGUUCCCAUUAAUUUACCACGACAGCCUGAUUCUUGGCUUCGAUUGUGCGGUCAAUUAGACACGGUAGGAAGUAAUGAGUCUGACUGGAUACAGCGGGCACAAUGGGCUAUCCAUUUGGAAGGUACUUCAGAACCUAAGAGAGAAGGAAGAUGUGGAAUUCGCCCAGUUAGUCGGGCAAAACUGACAAAUGGCUCUCCAAUGGAAUUCGUGGAAAAUCUUGGAUAUGAGUUUUCUCAUGAGUACCUAGUACAAGGUUUAAAGUAUACGUCCAACAACUGUACUAUCAGGCUAUUCCAAACAUUGAUUCCUUCGCAAAAGCAUUCUAUAGAUCCUCCAUUUCACCCGUUAGCAGAAGAUCAGGCGUGGCUUUUGCAUACGUAUACCCAUGUAGCAGAUGCAAAUAAUCAAAAGGCUAUGGUACAAGCGGAAGCAAACUUAGAACAUGUAAAAAACUUGUUACUCAGUGUUUGUGAGUUAAGGAAUGUACGUAUAUAA